AAGGGAAUAUUUUGAAAAGUAUAGACUGAAAAUGAUUAGCAGGGCUUGCAUCCAUUGGUGGCUGAUGCUGGUAAUUUUUGUUGGGAUUGGUUGUUUGAAUGGGUAUCCUCUCGAGGAUAUUGUGGUAGGAUUGCCUGGCCAACCAAAAGUUGGAUUCAAACAGUUUGCUGGCUACAUUGAUUUGGAUGUUAAGACUGGGAAGAGCUUGUUUUACUACUUUGUUGAAGCUGAGAAAGAUCCAGACCAUAAGCCUCUCACUCUUUGGCUCAAUGGAGGCCCUGGUUGCUCGUCACUUGGUGGUGGUGCCUUUACGGAAUUGGGACCAUUCUUUCCUACAGGUGAUGGUAGGGGUCUUCGAAAAAAUCCAAAAUCUUGGAAUAAAGCAUCAAAUCUCCUAUUUGUGGAGUCUCCUGCUGGAGUAGGCUGGUCAUAUUCAAAUACAACGGCUGAUUACAAUGCCGGGGAUACCUCAACAGCAAAAGACAUGCAACUUUUUAUGAUGAAGUGGUAUGAGAAAUUUCCAGCUCUGAAAUCGAGGGAUUUCUUUCUUACUGGAGAAAGCUAUGCAGGGCAUUACAUACCACAAUUAGCUGUUGCUUUACUGGAUCAUAAUGCCCAUUCUACUCGUUUUAAGUUCAACAUAAAAGGAGUUGCUAUUGGAAAUCCAUUGCUCAGACUUGAUCGAGAUACUCGGGCAACAUAUGAGUUCCUAUGGUCACAUGGGAUGAUUUCUGAUGAAAUAGGCCUCACCAUAAUAAAGGAAUGUGAUUUCAGUGAUUAUAGUUUUGGUAGUCCUGAUCAUAAUGUUUCUGGUAAAUGCUAUGAUGCAAUAACAGAAGCUCAGCUCAGCGUUAGUAGCUACGUUGAUAACUAUAAUGUCAUUGUAGAUGUUUGUUACCCAUCGAUAGUGGAGCAAGAAUUUCGGUUGAGAAAAGCGGCCACUAAAAUAAGCUUGGGUAUUGAUAUUUGCAUUAAUUACGAAUCUGGAUUCUAUUUCAAUCUUCCAGAGGUCCAAAGCGCUCUCCAUGCAAAUCGAACAAAAUUGCCCUACAGCUGGUCCAUGUGUAGCGAAGUUUUGAACUAUACCAAGACUGACGUCAAGAUGAAUAUGCUUCCCUUGCUUAAAGGAAUCAUCCAAAAAGGUGUUCCGGUUUGGGUUUACAGCGGAGAUCAAGAUUCUGUAGUUCCACUGCUGGGAUCCCGCCAGAUGAUUCAUGAACUUGCUCGUGAACUAAACUUUACAGUCACUGCUCCUUAUGGAGCUUGGUUUCACAAAGGGCAGGUAGGAGGUUGGUCAACUGAGUAUGGAAAUUUGUUGACCUUUGCCACAGUAAGGGGUGCUGCACAUAUGGUGCCCUAUUCACAGCCAGCCAGGGCUUUACACCUCUUUAGUUCUUUUGUUCGUGGUCUAAGAUUGCCUAAUUCAACACGCCUGCCCAUAGAUGACUAGCAAUAUUUAGCAAUCGCAUGAAUUAGAAUUGGUACGGCAUCUCCAUUGCUAUGCUGCAAGGAACCAUCAGUUUAUGACAGGCAGAUUCAAGUGCUAUUUCUUAGGCAAUCUUAGGCAGUAACUAAUUAUUUCUUAGGCAAAAGUUUAUUUUUUUAUUUUUUGUGCGAAUUUCUUAGGCAAAUGUACACAUAGUACAGCAAGACUGUGAUGCACGAAUUUGUCAAAUGGUUGUCGUCUCCCGUUUUUGAAACGUCUUUAAGGCGUCCCCAAGACAUUAACAUCACUGAUUAAUGUAUUACAUUAUACAUUUAUAUGGAGUAUAAAUACAUCAAAUUAGUAUAAU